UUUACAAAGUUAAGCUAAUUUCACUGAACACUAACUGCCAAAUGAAGCAACAAAAAACACUAAUUCUGUGCAAAAAUAAAUCAUUGCAUAUUUCACGGCGCCAGCACUUCAUACACGUACAUAAUUAAGCACCAACACUGAUUCAAGUGCAUUUAAUAAGCAGUUUACACAUAUUAAAGACUUUAUCGAGUGAAUGUACUUGUAUGCGUGCGCGCUUACGUGUAGGAGGUGAUUAAGUGAUUCGAGAAGAAAUUUUGUUGAAUUAUUAUGCGCGAGCAUACCACAGUGCCGAAUGUAUUUCGUAUUGCAUGCAACCACACACAAAAUGUGAAUACAAAACCGCAAAUUCAUAAAAAUGGUGAUGGACCAACACAGCAACAGCAACAACAAGCAGCAACAAACCAACAGGAAAAACCCAAAAUAUUAAUUCAUACAUCAACACUGACAAAUGUGGCAACUACACCAACAACAGCGGCAGCACACAACGCCAACAACAUCCGUGCCAACGGCUCAGUCGGCGAUUUAAAGUGCGCACAGCAACCAACUGUGCCGAACGAUAGCAACAAUAGUGGCGACAACAAUAACACUAACACUAAUAACAGCAGCAUCAACACAACAAUGCAGUCGUGCAACAUUACGAGCUCUGCUAUGUUGCACAAUCAUGCAUUGCAGCCACAUAAACUCACCGCAUCGGCGUCAAUUGAACGAACAACUUUCGGCGGCAGCAUCACGCAGACUGGUCGACGGGAACAAUUUCAACAACAGCAACAACAGCAAAGAGCUCAACAAUCACUUUAUGGCACACUACCACGCUCCGCCCAGCCGACAAUGGCUUUUCAACGCAACUGUAGUGGCAGCAGCAGCAACAACAACAACAGCAACGGCCGAAAUAAUCGGGAUUUGAAUGGCAUUACCGCAUCCGGUGUCAUUAACACGAUUUCAGGUAGCCUCCCUACGGCAGCCGACCACAAUGGUAACGGUAACGGCGGCAAUGGAAACGGCAAAAGCAACUCGUCGCUAACAAGUGAUUUGAAUGGCGGCUUCACCACGACUACGGCCUCGGCUGGUGCUGCUGCCGCUGCUACUGCUCUGAACUCGAAAUCGAAUAAAUUAAAUGGAAUUCAACCGCAGCAAAUGAAUAAGUCUAGAGAAUUUCUCGUAACGAGGCCAGGCGGCCGGAUGAGUCACUACCAGCAGCAACGUAUGCGACAAUAUGCCAAUAACAACAACAAAAACAGCAACAACGGUGGUAGUAACAAUAACAAUAGUAUGCAGCAACGUUAUGGCAACGGUGGCUAUUUGUGGAUACUAACACCUGUUGCCGCCAGCAUUUCAGUUGCCAUCGUAAUGGCGGCCAUCGCUGGUCCCCAGUGGCUUUUCACCGAAGAAAAAGCACCAAAUGCCAAUUAUAAUGGCACCGCGAAUUUCAAUAUGAUGGACGAUGGCGCCUACAUAACAAAAUAUACGAAAUCUAGUCUAUGGAUCUUAUGCACCGCCUUGCAAGGAGUCGAGACGUACAACUGCAUAAAAAUCGACUACUUCCCCAAGGAGGGCUACCAGCCGGAUCCGCACGACUCAACGCCAGCGAUACCGUACACAGUCACCAAAUCGUGUCCCUUCUUUCUGGCCGCUGGCAUCUUUCUACUGCUCAGCUUUAUAGUAUUCCUCGUGCCAACAUGUUCGCAUCAGAAUAAUUUAUACUACUUCAGUGCGGGCAUAAUGUUUAUUGUAUCAGGCUUAUUAAUGCUCAUCGGUUUGAUUGCAUAUAUAUCGAUAUUAAAAGCGGAAAUCGGCUCGAAACUGCGCGCGAGAUCAUCCCUACAGCCGCCGCUCAUUAAGGUUACCUACGGACAGAGUUUUUUCCUAUUCGUGAUUGGUUUUAUAACCACAGAGUUUGUGGGUCUCUUGAAUAUCUUUCUCUACAUUAGUUUGCAGGAAAUUGGCCAAUAUAAUCGCCUGCCAUGCUUCAAUAUUACCAAUCUACAGGAAAAGUUGAAAGAGACCGAAAUUCCACAUGGUCACACCUACAAAAGCUACAAACAUAACACAUCCUCAGCCAGUGUGGCGCCCGUCGUACGUAAACCCCAACAAGGCCUACGGCUGAACGCUAAUAGCCAUCAUCAGCUGCACAAUGGAUGUCUAUCGCCGACUGCAGCCGAAAUGGAAUUGAAUACUAAAAAGUUGUUUCAGCACAUGCCCGGCUUUGUGCCGUGUCGAAAGCAUCCGAACGCAGCGGAGGCGUUCGUUAAUAGCGAAUUUGAGCGCAGGUAUUAUUUCGAGAAAGCACAGCAGCCGAAGUGCAAUUUGCAUUCAAGAAACUUUGCCAAAUCUCUUAAUGAACUCUACACUGAGUCUUCGGCCGACCUACCGCCACCACCGCCCUCGACCAUCAAAAUGGGCGGCACUUCACAGACGCUACCCCGUAUGUCGCCCAUGCAGUAUGCACAAUUUGGCCGAGACUUUAUGCAAGACUUUCCGCUCACCCGCAGCGUCUCGACUACCACAGACAUUUUUCCCAGCCACAACUCGAGACAUACAACACAACACGUUGUGGAGCGCAAGAGCCGUCGGAACAUGGCAACCAACACACAGCCGCUUGAUCCAGCCACAGUGACACUGAGCGAAAGUGAACGUGGCGAUGAAAGCGAAAAUGAAAAAAAUCAUAGACGUCGCCGCCAGUUGGCAGACAGCCAGUCGGACAGUUACUAUGAUGAUGAUGAGCCGCAGCGGCUAUGCGGCUUGAAGCGUGGCAUACGUAAGACUAAAGAUGAACUGUUUCAGGAAUUCUGCAAGCGCGCUGGCAUGCGUCCAAAGCCGAAAAAUAUUUACUUCAUUGCCAGUGAAGAGGAUACAGUGGCGACAUCUGACGAUGAAGUGCUACAACAACGUCGUCGCUACAAAGCCGCAAGUCAGCUGAGCAAUGGGCAACGGCACGGCAAUAGCGGUCGUAGAGAUUUUUGUAGGGAAAAUAGUGAAAAUGAGGAGGAGCGACGAGGCGGCAGAGAGACGGAAGAUGAUGAUGAAGGGGAAGGUGGCUUCUCGCAGAUGCAAGAUGAGGAUGAGCACAUUUACGUUAUUCAAGACAAUCCUCAAUACGUAGCCAAUCCAACGUACCGCAAUCUACGUCGUUCCUCCAUGUGCGUCGAGCCAGCUCAUCUGCGUAAACUCAACUCGAAUCUCUCACUCGCAACACUUUAUCCGCCUGAUAAGCCCACACAAAAAGGCGCAUUCCCAAACGAGCGUAGUGACUCGGCGCUCGAGAUCUGGCCGCCACCGCCGAGCUUUAGUAACGUUGAAACGUACUAUGCAGCAAAAAGUGCCUAUUGCGGCUCACAAAAUCGUCUGCACCAGGACUACCAGCCAAAUGUGCAAGUUCUUCAGAGCCGUACGCUGCCGCGUUCCUUUCUGAAGAGCCAGACGAACUCACAGAACAGCCUUGGCUCAGGUUCACUGCACGCAAGCGCCUCAGCUUUGCAUAACACUUACAGCAACAGCCAGAAUCGUUUGACUAAUGUUAUGUUGCAGCAGCAACAGCAACAGCAACUUCCACAACAACAAAGCAUUUAUUUAUCCCAAUCACACGCCGGCGGUAUGUACAACUCAGCUUUUGCUUUGCAUAAAUCCAACGACAACCUGAUUGCAUCAUCCCAGCCUAACAGCAACUUUGGCGAACGACUCCAACAACGUGUACAGAGUUCCAGCAUUCCCAACAACAAUAACACUGACAGCCGUCUACAACAACCGGCAGUACAUUGGCCUGCCGCCAUACCGUCCUCACCGUCCGGCUACACGCCCAACUACCAACAAAUCCAACAACAAUCGGCUGCUCCCGCAACGCGCGCCCACCACCCGCCACACUUGGCGCAUACAAUACUCACGCGGUCCUUCAGCAGCAACACCAGCGGCGGUGCUGACAGCGGCAUCGGCAGUGGUGGCGGUAGCAGUAGUGUGGUCAGCGUACCGCCGAAAUUUCAACGCGCCUAUGCCUUUGACGAACAGCGGCGGCCAAGCGGCUUGUUGAGCGACACAUACGACCCCGAUGAGCUCGAGCGUGAAAGACGGCGCUCACAUGCCAGUAUCUACAGUGGCAUAUCAAUGAUGGGUCUGCAGAAUGUGACUAACGGCAUCAAUAUCAACGGCAGCGGCAACAACAACAACAAUGGUGACCACUACGACUUGAUUAAUGGCACAGCGGUCUGAGAGGGCGUUUGGCGAGCUC